AUGACAGAAAGAAUACCAUUAUUUGAAGAAGAUAAAGAUUAUAUUGAUGAAGAUCAUAUUAGUGAAUUUGCCAAGGCAUUAGUAUGGCAAGAUGAUUAUGAUUAUGAUGCCAAUACUCCAACACCAAUAAAUGAUGAAGUUCCAGCGAUUAUGAGUUCAAUGAAUUCAAUAAAUGACAACAACAACAACAACAACAACAACAUGAAUGGUGGUGGUGGUGGUGGUGGUGAUGAUGAUGAUGAUUCUUCACUGAUUACAGAUGAUGAUAUAAUGAAUUCAUCAUAUUUUGAUAAACAACAACAACAACAGCAACAACAGUCAGAUAUGAAAUCAAAUGAUAGUCUAAUAUCAAGACCACAAACAGGAACUACGGCAAAUACUAGUACUAUAAGUCUUUCUUUUUCUAGUAAACGACCUGAUUUAAUUUCAUCUAAAAGUGAUUGGUUCCCUAUUGGUACUAGUUCACCAAAGAAAGGAACUACCAAAAAUAGUCAUCAUCAUCAUCAUCAUAAUAAUAAGCAAAAAAGGUCCACCACUACUAAAUCAACGAUUGAAAUUUUGAAAAAUGAAUUUCGAAAUAGUUCAACUUAUACAUUAUUAAGAUGGCCAAUUUUAAUAUUUGUUUUCAGUUGGAUUAGUAUAUUAGGAAUUAUUUAUUUUAUGAUUCGAAUUUAUGUGGCAUUACUGGAAUAUUUAAUUACUUGGAGAGGUGAAAGGAAAAAAUUAAGAGAUAAAUUACGUAAAUCUAAAACUUAUAAAGAAUGGAUUAAAAAUGCUUUAUUAUUAGAUAAAUUUUUAAAAUUAGAUAAAUGGCUGGAAAUUCCUAAAUUUUCUUAUUAUGAUUAUAAAACUAUUAAAUUAACUAUAAUUAAAUUACAAAAAUUACGAUAUGAAAAAAAUUUAAUUGAAUUAAUGGUUAUAUUACAAGGAUGUUUAAAAAAAAAUUUUGCUGGAAUUGAAAAUCGUCAAUUAUAUUCUCAUAGAUAUUAUGGGACAAAAAAUUUAGUGGAAGAAUAUUAUCAAGAAGUAAUUAAAUGUCUUGAAUUAAUUAUUAAUGAUAAUAAUGAUAAGAUUGAUAUUGAAAGGAAAUGGAAAUUUUUCAAAAUUGUUCUGAAAAAUUAUGGUAAAUCAGCUUUAUGUCUUAGUGGAGGGGCAUGUUUUGCUUAUACUCAUUUUGGGAUUGCUAAAGCAUUACUUGAUGAAAAUUUAUUACCACAAAUCAUAUCAGGAACUUCUGGUGGUGGAUUAAUUGCUGCUUUAUUAUGUACUAGAACUAAUGAAGAAUUAAAACAAUUAUUAAUACCUCAAUUAGCUAGAAAAAUUACUGCUUGUGAAGAUCCUUGGUAUAUAUGGAUUCCUCGAUUUUUAAAAACUGGUGCAAGAUUUGAUGCUAUUGAUUGGGCUCGUAAAGCCAAUUUUUUCACUCAUGGUUCAACUACUUUUGAAGAAGCAUUUCAAAGAACUGGUCGUAAAUUAAAUAUUUCUACUAUUCCUGCUGAUCCUCAUUCUCCAGUUAUUUUAUGUAAUGAUAUUACAUCACCUCAUUGUAUUAUAUGGUCAACAUUAUUAGCAUCACUGGCAGUCCCUGGAAUUUUAAACCCCGUGGUAUUAAUGAUGAAAAAUCCUAUAAAUGAACAAGUUAUACCAUUUUCAUUAGGUAGUAAAUGGCGUGAUGGAUCAUUAAGAACUGAUAUUCCUAUUGAAGCUUUAAAUACUUAUUAUAAUGUGAAUUUCACCAUUGUUUCUCAAGUUAAUCCUCAUAUAUCAUUAUUUUUUUUCGCUCCAAAAGGUACUGUUGGUAGACCAGUUACUAGUUCAACCAAAAAGACUCGUUCAAAACAACAAUAUUCAUCAUUUAGAGGUGGAUUUAUUGCAACUGCUUUAGAACAAUUAUUAAGAUUAGAAAUUAAAAAAUGGUUACAAAUUAUUAAAUCAUUAGAUUUAUUACCUCAUUUAUUACAACAAGAUUGGCUGAAUAUUUGGUUACAAAAUUUUACUGGUACAAUAACUAUUUGGCCUAAAAAUAAAUUAAGUGAUUUUUGGUAUAUAUUAAGUGAUCCAACAGAAUUAAGAAUGAAAGAAAUUAUUGAAAAAGGUGAAAAAUGUAUGUUUCCAAGAUUAUUAUUUAUAAAACAUCGAGCAUCAAUUGAAAAUGUUAUUGAAAGAGGGAAAAAAUUGACAUUAACAAAACUUAAACAAACCAAAAAUCAACAAUCAGGGUAUAAUGAUGAUGAUGAUGACGAUGAUGAUGAUAAUGAUGAUGAGGGAGGAAUUAGUGAUUAUGAUGCUCAAUCAUUUCAAAAAGUUGUUGGAUGGAGUAAUGAAGAUAAGAAAUUAUUAGAUGAACUUGAUAAUGAUAAUGAAGAUGAAGAUGAAGAUGAAGAAGAAGAUGAAGAAGAAGAGGACUAUGAUGAUGACGAUUCAUUAAGUGAUAGUUUUGAAAUAACAACUGAACAUUUAAAACAAAGACGUAAUACCAUAUUUUAA